AUGCCUCUCAUUUCGAAUAAGAUACCGGCCUGGGAUACCAGGAAGAUCCUGAACGCUCUCAGAGCCCCCGGAAGACGCACAACAAUCCAAGCAACAGCUUCGACCCAGCUUCCAGAUACACUGCACAUUGUCCCUGGAAGGCCUGUUCAACAUGAAACAGUCGAGACCGCCGAGAUAAGUGAAACUUCGAGCGCAGAUCAAGGCGGCAUCGAUCUUGAGAAGCAGCUUCCCGAAAAGACGCCCGUACAGAUCACAGACGAUGGUGAAUCUCCGAGUCCGGACAUAGACCUGGGCGAAGCAGACCUGGGGGGAAGAAAUCCGUCCAGAUUCGGGCGUGCCUAUGACGCAGUGACCGCGUUCGCUGGGACCAGAAUCACCUUUGGCUUUACGUUGACCUGUCUGAUUGUCUGGGGUAUCGUCGGCGGCGUCUGCGGAGCAACCGAUACGUGGCAGAUCGUCCUGCAGGAUGCGAGCUCGAUUCAGUGCUAUUUCUCAGAUUCAUUGCUCAUGCGGCAGCAGCAAAAGAGCACUCGCGAACUGACAACGUUAAUUUGCCACUUGCGAUCCCGAAGUGCUACGUGCAGACGCCUGGUGGAAGGGAAACUGCGCCAGGACAACAUUGAAUCCAAGGUACCCAAUGGUCCCGUGGAGAUUGAACUGGAAGAAAGACUGAGGGACGCGAUCAAGCUGCCCACGGAAAAUAUUCUGGAUGUUCUGAGCAACUGGGUUGCGUUGUCGUUUGGGUCGAUCUUCGCCUUCAUCGUGUUCUGGGGCGGCAUUAUCGUGUGGCUUGCCUUUGGGAACAAGCUCGCCUGGGGAAACGAGUGGCAGCUCUACGCCAACACGGCCACUGCGGCAGAGCUCACGUUUACCAGCAUGUUCCUGCAGAACAUCAGACAACGACACAUGACGUACCUCAAGGACUGUCUUCGGUCCCUCAUCAAGGCAGAUCGACAGAUGGAGCAGCGAGCACGGGAGAUCACCGGAGACGCCGAACCCAACCCCAUAUGCCAGGUUGCGCCAGAAAAGAUCACCCGCGGCAACAGGGCUAUUGACUAUUACGCCAGCAUCGUAGGAUCCGGGGUGGGACUGUUCAUCUCUGCGCUGGUCUUCAUCGCGUGGAUAGCCGUGGGGAACACGAUGGAGUGGAAUUCCAACUGGUGGCUGAUCAUCGGUACGUAUACCGGCCUCGUGGGCUUCAUUGACGGAUUUGCCCUGCGGAACGUCUACUUCCGCGAGACGAAGGGCCUGGAUACGUACUUCCAGGCGCUCGCGAAGGAGGACGGUGCGCUAUACGACCUGCUUCGAAUCCCUCCCUCCACAGAUGCUCUCCCGGCGGAGGAUUCGAUCCAGUAUCGCAUCAGCUACGGCAUUGGCAUGGCAUGCUCUCUUCCGCAUUCAGUACUGGCGUCGGUGGUGAUCGUCGUGGCGCUUAUUUGCAUCGCAAGCGGACUGCGGUGGUCUGUGACUGGGCAGCUGCUGUGCAACACACCCACGAUGAUCAUCGAAGGGUUCCUGCUGCUGGUGUUGAUGCAGGCGCACAACAUGUCCAACCGACGACGACGGGCGCAACUCAGGGAGAUUCUCGUGCGUCGACUGCGGAUAAACGCGCAGAUGCAGCGUAUCUGGAAAGAUAAAAAAUAA